AUGGGCAGUGAAGCAGGAGAGGGAGGAGAGCUGGAGCGAAGCAUGACGGGAGCUGCACUAGCAGAUGCUAACGCUAUCCCCAGAUGCCCAGGACCCACUUCCGUCAGUGGUGCUUUGGUUUCAGAGAUGAUCCGGUUCCUGCUGAUGGUGAACCGUCAGGGCCAGACCAGACUGUCCCGUUACUAUAGCGACGUGGAGCUGAGACUGAGACAGAGCCUGGAGGCCGAGGUGGUCUACCGCUGUCUGUCCCGGACCAAAGACCAGUGCUCGUUUGUGGAGUACCAGGACUAUAAACUGGUCUAUCGUCAGUACGCAGGCCUCUUCAUCGUCGUGGGGGUCACAGAUGAUGAGAACGAGUUGUCCAUUUUCGAGAUGAUUCAUAAUUUUGUAGAAGUUCUGGACAAAUACUUCAGUCGUGUGAGUGAACUGGACAUCAUGUUCAACUUGGAUCGAGUUCACAUCAUAUUGGACGAAAUGAUUCAGAAUGGGAACAUAGUGGAGACCAACAGGAGCCGCAUCCUGGCUCCACUGUCGGCUAUCGACAAGAUCUGUGACGGCUAG